CGGCCGACUAGCUUCUGUUCAUAGGGGAGCUGCGGUCUGAGCAGGAAACUGCAUCUUCAGACUUUCUACUCAGCCACGAGAGGAGCUAGGGUCACCGGACGCCCAAGACCCUUUCACGCCGAUCGGACUCUCCGGGCUAACUCCUGACCAGUAUCCUCAGUCACAGCCUUACCUGUGAGCUCCGGACUUCCUAGGCUUCCAGUGGAUGCUCACGCUGACGGAGACCUAAGACCGCAGUCAGUGAGACACCGAGUCCCUCACAGCUCUCCUCCCAUAUCAGCGGGACGAGCAUGGUGAUUGUUCCUUGAAGAAUCCUGUCUCUGGACGUCUGAUAAGAUGUUGGCCAUGAAGCUGUUCACUUGCUUCUUGCAAGUCCUAGCUGGGUUGGCUGUGCAUUCCCAGGGGACCCUGUCUGCUGGCAACAACUCAACUGAAGUGGCAGUGGUGCCCUUCAGUGAAGUGUGGGGCCGCAGCUACUGCCGGCCGAUGGAGAAGCUGGUGGAGAUCGUGGACGAGUAUCCUGAUGAGGUGGCACACAUAUUCAGCCCAUCCUGUGUCCUCCUGACUCGCUGUACCGGCUGCUGCGGUGAUGAGAGCCUGCAGUGUGUGCCACUGAAGACAGCCAACAUCACCAUGCAGAUCUUGAAGAUCCCCGCCACUGGGGACCAGCAUUCCUAUGUGGAGAUGACAUUCUCUCAGGAUGUACUCUGCGAAUGCAGGCCUAUCCAGGAGAAGACAAAGGCAGAAAGGAGAAAAAUCAAGGGGAAGAGGAAGAGAGAGAAACAGAAGCCCACAGACUGAGGAACGCCACCUGUAUGGUGAUGCUGUUCCCCGGAGGUGACCAGCUCCUCAGAGGAGAGACCCCCACACCCAGCUCAUAUAUUUAUUACGCCCUCUCAAAUCUCUCCCUGCUGGUACCUACCCUCUAUUUAUUAGCCAACUCGUCCCUGCUGAAUGACUCGCUCCCUCCAAGAUAAGGGGCAUAGAAGAACAGGACCCUCAGGAAUUCAGUGCCUUAAACAAAACGUGAGAGAAACAAAGAAGCCAGCCGCCGUUCCGUGGGGGCUUCCGCUUGGGAAGAAGCAAGACAUGGACAUGGCCUUGCAAGGGGCAAGCCAGGCCCCUAAGGCUCUGUCCUGGUUCCCAACUCGACCCAGACAAGCAGCUGUGGCCCUGGCUGUACUGAAGACAUGUAGCGGGGAUCCAACCAUGGUCUCCUGCUGCUGGAAUCAACUGUUUACCCUGGAGACCAGGACAAGACAUUUGGCUCUAGAGAACUGAGCUUGCCUGUGGGCCUUGCCUAGAAGUUCCCUUCGCCCUUGCAAAGCCCCACCACCCUGUCUGGGACACAGACAGAGUGGCUCGGGGCUGAACAGAGGGCAGGCUGGAUGAAGGGUAAUAGCCCCAUAGGUUGGUGAACUUUCACAGCUGCAAGUCAGGGGCAUGUGUCCUAGUGUUAUGGCGACAGAGUGCAAGCAGAUUCCUGGAGGGCCCCCGCAGCCCACCAGCUGUCUAACUGCCAAGCCAGAUUCUCUUGAAUAAAACAUUCUAGUCUGGAA